CCUGCCUGCGGGAAGUGGAGGCACUGGUUCCCUGUUCCAGCUCACAGGCUCAGGCAGGUACCGGGGGCGGCCGAGCCUGGAAGCAGCAAUGUCUGGCUCACCUCGGAGCCCCCAGCCUGCGGGGCCUCCUGCCGUGUGGGGUCUCGGUGGGACCGCCGAGACCUGAGCUGUCCCAGAAGGGCCAUGGGCCCUUGGCGAGGCCAGCGGCCUCCGCUCUGGAGCCAGGCGCCCAAAGCAGAAGCCCUGAGUCUGGUCCUGUACCUCCUCCUCCUGGGAGCCCCCGGCUGUGCACUGGCCCAGCCCCCGUGCAAAGAGGAGGAGUAUGCCGUGGGCACCGAGUGCUGCCCCAAGUGCAGCCCAGGGUACCACGUGGUGCAAGCGUGCGGCGAGCUGACGGGCACCGUGUGUGCGCCCUGUUCCGGGAAGACCUACACUGCGCACCACAACGGCCUGGACUCCUGUCUGCGCUGCCGGGAGUGUCACCAAGCCUUGGGCCUGGUCACCCGGCGACCCUGCUCCAGCACGGCCGACGCCGUGUGUGGCUGUGGCCAGGACAGCUUCUGCGUCAGCAGGCACGGCGACCACUGCACUGCCUGCAGGCCGCACACCACCUGCCGCCCGGGCCAGAGGGUGCAGGAGAGAGGCACUGAGAGCCGGGACACCGUGUGUGCCGACUGCCCACUGGGGACCUUCUCCCCCAAUGGGACCCUGGAGCGGUGCCAGCCCUGGACCAGGAUCCUCUCUCCCAGGUGCAGCCCCUGGCUCAUGACGGAAACCAAGCCUGGGACCAGCAGCACCGACGCCACCUGCUCCCCCUGGAGGCGGCACCUGGUUGGGGGCCUGGCCGCCGCCUUCCUCCUGGUGGUGCCGGUCAUUCUUGGUGCUGUCGUCUGGAAACGGAGAAGACGGAAAAGGCCCAUCAGUGACCAGAUGAUGGUGCCUGUCUCCAUCCAGGGGAGAGGUCCCAGCGCAGGAGCCCAGUCCGAGGAGACCCAGGCGCUGCGGGCCCCGCCCAGCGUCACCACGGUGGCCGUGGAGGAGACGGCGCCUGCGCUGGCCUAGGGGCCGCGGCUGACCUGCGAGCUCUGGGACCCGACGGCGAAGACGCUCCGGAGCCGCCCGUGGGAAGGCGCUGUCCAGCCGGCCAGGCCGCGGGAGCUCAGCGCAGAGGCGGGGUCACGACCCCCAGCGCCCCGCUGCCUCCGGGGGACUCCGUACGGAGCGGCCCAGCGCCCGGGGCCGGCCUUGGACGCGCGUCACCCGAGACCGCGGGGUCCUCCGACUGCGGAGCCCCGCCUUCCUCAGCACGCGGACCACCCCCGGCCCCCGCCCCUUCCUCACUCGCUCUCCAGGACAGCAAGAGGCCCCCCGGCUCCCGCCUG